AUGGACUCGCUUCCUCAUCCUCGCAGCUACUACUCAAUCUCCUCAGACCACUCCCCUACCCAAUCCUUCGAUGAGGAUGGUGACUCCUUCACCUCUUUCGGAUCUGUUCAGACUCCUCCCCGUUUGAGAGCGAUGAUCCGCUUGAUUUUUGAUGGUACUCUUAACUCUCCCAUUCGUUCUUUCCCGGAUUCUGACUACGGCGACGCCGGCUCUCCUCUCGAAAGAGUGACCGAUCCCCUCCCCGCGGCGAUCGUCGCGGAAGGUCUUAACAAAGGUGAAACGUUCGGCGAUCAUCGAGCUCGGUUGUUAGCUUCGAUUCCCCCUCUCGCGUAUGAUAGAGCUCCUAUUGCGUACUCGUCCGAUCAAGACGGAGAGUAUGAACUGGAUGAUUCCGCUGUUGCCCCUACCCCCCAUACUGAUCAAGAACAUUAUACCGCCGUCGUCGGUUCACCUGCUCCAGCCAGCCUUGGUUAUGUUCCUGGUGCGACAAACGAGGUUGGCCAGGACGUUGGGUUGCUUGACCCGAACGAUAACGGGGUUUUUCCUGUAGAUCCUCGCUUGCAGCUUCCCUCCGAGGACGACGAUCGAUCGACUAUAGAUUCAGUUUUCUCCUUGCUUGAUCCUUACGAGGAUCCCACCGAUACUACUUAUGUUCCUCCCCAAAAAAGCAGGAAGUCCCGGCACGGCCGAGCUCGCUUUUCUGGAGCCUUGUCCCCCAAACCAAAACCUGUUUUUAUUCGCCCGCGCGACUCAAAAGGCCGGUUUAUAUCACUCCAAUCUAAGAAGUUUGGCAAAUUGAAGGCUACUAGCGUUGAUGAACAGCCCCCCCAGUCACUGUUGUCUUCCACCUUCCUUCACCGAGCUGCAGUGGAUUCCGGCCAUCCUCAUCAAGCCAAAACCGCCCGUAACACUUUCCUUAACACUGUAUUAACAUCCCCAGAAGAGGCUUUUCCCUUCACCUUUCAUCUUCCCGACCCAUUUGCAGCCCAUUUCUCUCUUGCUGGCCCAUCAGUCUCGGGGACCAACCCGUUCAUUCCUCCUACCCCUUUUAUCAAUAUUCGCCCCGACGAUCCUCGACUUCAAUUCAGAACCGCUUUUGUGGACCUCCUCUGGGUCAUUGUGCCCUUCCUUUCUAACUUCAACCUUGCCCCUGAUGAUCAUGACAACUUUAAAUUACUUAGUCAUGCCGUGGUUGCUGCACAAGACUGGUACAUAAGAUCUCAACACUUAUACUAG